AAACAAAAUCAAUAAGUGAUGAUUUAGCGGAAGACCAACCAAUAGAGCAAUUAACUAGCUCAUCGAUAGAAAGUUUUAUUCGUGAAAUUCUCGUAACAUCUCCAAGUAAUUUCAAUAGUUAUUCCGGCGAUAACAUCUUCCAGAAAAUACGUAGAUUCGAUCAUCAUUGGUCUGGCCGUUGGGGAGAGGAAUUUGCAUAUCGCUACUUUAAAGAAUAUUAUAAGAAAAAAUUUUCAUCGAUUAAUCAUGAAGAGGAAACUAGUGGCAACUAUGUUUUAGCUGGAACUUACGAAAACGGCAAAAAUGUUACUAUCAAGGUUAUUUGGUGCAACCAUAGUAUGGAAAGCGGUAAACCUAUGGACUUGCAAAUUGUUAUUGAUGAUUAUAAUACGUAUAUCGAAGUGAAAUCAACUUAUAAAUCGGAAGAUAUGUUGGCAAAAAUUAGCAAAAAUGAAUGGCGAGCUAUGCGUCAUUAUGCUGAACAAUAUGAACUAUUUUGUGUCUACAAUGCUGGCAAAGCGGAGCGUGUACGAGUAAGAAAGAUCAAAAAUCCUGCAGCAAAGCUAUAUAACGGCGAAUUUGUUCCUUCAGCAAUGUAUCUUAAACUCUAG